CGCGCGCGCCAUGGCGGCCCCCGACCUGUCCGCCAACCUGCAGGAGGAGGCCACCUGCGCCAUCUGCCUGGACUACUUCACGGACCCCGUGAUGACCGACUGCGGCCACAACUUCUGCCGCGAGUGCAUCCGGCGCUGCUGGGGCCAGCCCGACGGCCCCUACGCCUGCCCCGAGUGCCGCGAGCUGUCGGCGCAGCGCAACCUGCGGCCCAACCGGCCGCUCGCCAAGAUGGCCGAGCUGGCGCGCCGCCUGCACCCGCCGUCGCCGGUGCCGCAGGGCGUGUGCGCCGCGCACCGCGAGCCGCUGGCCGCCUUCUGCGGGGACGAGCUGCGCCUGCUCUGCGCCGCCUGCGAGCGCUCGGGCGAGCACUGGGCGCACCGCGUGCGGCCGCUGCAGGACGCGGCCGAGGACCUCAAGGGGAAGCUGCAGGCGUCGCUGGAGCAUCUGCGGAAGCAAAUGGAGGAGGCGCUGCUGUUCCAGGCCCAGGCGGAGGAGACCUGCGCCUUGUGGCAGAAGAUGAUCGAGAGCCAGCGGCAGAACGUGCUGGCGGAGUUCGCGCGGCUGCGGGGCCUGCUGGCCGAGGAGGAGCGGCGGCUGCUGCAGAAGCUGGCGGAAGAGGAGCGGGAGGUGCUGCCGCCCCUGCGGGAGAGCGCCGCGCGGCUGGGGCAGCAGAGCACCCAGCUGGCCGCGCUCAUCGCUGAGCUGGAGGGCCGCUGCCAGCUGCCGGCGCUGGGGCUGCUGCAGGACGUCAGGGACACCCUGCGCAGGGUCCAAGACGUGAAGCUGCAGCCGCCCGAGGUGGUGCCCAUGGAGAUGAGGACGGUGUGCCGGGUGCCGGGGCUGGUGGAGGCCCUGCGCGGCUUCCGAGGGGACGUGACCCUGGACCCUGACACCGCCAACCCCGAGCUGGUCCUGUCGGAGGACGGGCGGAGCGUGCGGCGGGGGGACCUGCGCCAGGCCCUGCCCGACAGCCCCGCCCGCUUCGACCCCGGGCCCUGCGUGCUGGGCCGCCAGCCCCUGACCUCGGGCCGGCACUACUGGGAGGUGGAGGUGGGGGAGCGGGCCAGCUGGGCGCUGGGCGUCUGCCGGGAGGACGCCAACCGCAAGGAGAAGGGCGAGCUGUUUGCAGGCAACGGCUUCUGGAUCCUGGUGUUCCUGGGGAGCUACUACAACUCGCCCGAGCGGGCCUUCGCCCCACUGCGGGCCCCGCCGCGCCGUGUGGGCGUCUUCCUGGACUACGAGGCCGGCCGCCUGUCUUUCUACAGCGUGGCGGACGGCUCGCUCCUGUACGCCUUCCCCGAGACGCCCUUCUCGGGCACCCUGCGGGCCCUCUUCUCGCCACUGUCCGGGGGCCCGGUCCCCAUGACCAUCUGCAAGCUGAAAGGCGGGCCUGGGGACACACCGGCCCCCCAGUGAGCAGCCUGGUGCUCAGGGCCCGCCGUGCUGGGCCCAGCCCCGGGAGCCGCCUUCACCAGCCCCAGCGCCCACAGCUCUGCCUCCAGGAGCCUCCGUCCCACGCUCAGGGCUGCGCUGGAGUCCGGGGCCUGCACAGCCCGGCCCUGGAGCCCCGCAAGCCCCGAGGGGAGGUGGCCACCCCGUACCCGGGUUGGGUCCUCUACCUGCCUGGGAAGGACAGGGGCACAGCCACUGCAUCCUCACGAGAGGCCGUCUUAGGAGAGCCAGCAGGAGGCGCUGCCCACCCAGGGCCAGCAGAGGGCCAUGCAGCCAGGACACGGAGCCUCAUGCGCGAGAACAAACCCCUGCAGGACUCUGGACAAUGCCCUUCCCUGGCCUGGGAGUCGGAGCCCCCGAUGUGCCUGUCCUGCCUGGGGCCGCACGCCUGCAGACCCCGACUCGUCCAGGGGCUGGCUCUGCGUCGUCCCCUCCACAGCGGCUGCGCCCCAGGCUGUAUUUAUUGUGAGGCCCGGACCCAUUAAAUACACUGACACCCCAUCCAUCGUCCAGCGCGGCUCAGAGGCGGCGACCAGAGCACGGGCUCUGGCUGCAGCCUGGCCCCGGGGGUCAGUGUGCACCUGGCCCUGGGCUGGGGAGGCCGGAA